CAGACCAGUAAUCGGGAGAGCUAGAUAGCCUCAGGCGCAGCUAGCUACACUAGAGGCCGGACCGGAGUCAUACGUAGCUUUAUAGCUAGGCAGGCUGCCCUCUCUUCCUCUCCAACACUUGUUGCUCCCCUCGCUUCCAAUCCAGCCUCAGAUCCACAGUGCCGGAUGGAGAGAGCCAUGCACAGCUACAGAGCCAUGCAGCCGCACCCGUACCACACCGCCCCUGCCGCUCCCACCAAGCACGCCAGCGGCCAUGGCGGCGGCACCGAGGAGGACAACCAGUCCAUGCUCCUCCUCUCCCUCUGGCCACCCGGCCACCACCACGACGCCGCCUCCUCCUCGGCGUGCUCCUCCCACUCCGCCGCACACUCCACCGCGUCCUCGCCCUGGUUCAACCAAAGCCCUGCUUACAAUGGCGGCAGCGGCGGUGGAUUCUUGUUCCACGAGCAGGACCCGAACGUGACCAUUUCACUCUCCAUAGCACCUCCAUGCGGUGGCAACCUGUCUUCCUGCGGUGGGAGCUUCGCCGCGCCCGUCCCGCCGCCGUCAGUCUCGGCGGCAGGCGGUAACCAGGUGCCCAGCCAGUACUGGAUCCCCUCCGCCGCCGAGAUCCUCGUCGGCUCCACCCAGUUCUCCUGCGCCGUCUGCAACAAGACCUUCAACCGCUUCAACAACAUGCAGAUGCACAUGUGGGGGCACGGCUCGCAGUACCGGAAGGGGUCCGAGUCGCUUCGCGGGGCGGUGACCGUGGGCACGACGACGGCGCCGCCGCCGUCGCUGAUGCGUCUCCCGUGCUACUGCUGCGCGGAGGGCUGCCGGAACAACAUCGACCACCCGCGUGCGCGCCCCCUCAAGGACUUCCGGACGCUGCAGACGCACUACCGCCGCAAGCACGGCGCACGCCCCUACGCGUGCCGCCGGUGCGGCAAGCGGUUCGCCGUGCGCGGCGACUGGCGCACGCACGAGAAGAACUGCGGCAAGCUCUGGUUCUGCGUCUGCGGCUCCGACUUCAAGCACAAGCGCUCGCUCAAGGACCACGUCCGCUCCUUCGGAGGCGGCCACGCGCCGCACAUCGUCGAGUCCGUCGCCAUCGACGACGACGAGGAUGACGAUGACGACAUGCACGACGACGGCGACCUGCAUCUGCCCGACGAGAACGGCCACGUUGCCGGCGACGGCAGCGACAUGAUCUUGCUCUAGGUUUUUAGUCACUGUUUAGCUAGCCAGCCAGUCUUAUUCUUAGCUCAGAUCCACCCUUAUCCAGUAGUACGUAACGUAGCUUCUAGCUUAAUUUAGUUAAUUUGCUUCCCAAUUGCAUCAUUAGGAUCAGUACGUUCAUAGUAGUGUUUGCAUGGCGAGGUGGUGCUGCCCUAGUGCAAGCUUAAUUAAUGGCAAAUGUGUCUCUGUGUGUGUGUCCCAAGCUAGGAAGAAGUGUCGCAGUACGGUCAGAGUCAUACCGACGGAUCGAGAUGUGCUGUUAGUGUACGGUAGUAUGGUGUCAUGGUCACUUCAUGUAUCUGUCGUUUUGGUCUUUAUCUGCGCCUAAAGCUCUACCACUGUUUCAUCGUGUCUCGUGCAAUGCCAAAGCUCUACCACUGCUUGUAUA